UUUGGCGGGAGUGUGUGCACACACUCAGACUACGCGAGUCCAGGGAUUGAAAGUUUUUAAAAAAAAUUAAUUAUUUAUAAAUUAAAAAGGAAAUGGAUCUUAACGAUGCUGUGCUAACGUGCGCAGUUAACAUACAAUGGACCAAUGGCGUGGGGAUUACGGGACGCAAGCUGGCCUACAAAACGGCCACGCUACGUUUGGUGCGCAACGAGUUGCGUGAAAUGUUUGUGGAAGUGACGCCCGAAAAAUUGAAACCCCUCAAAUUCAAGUUAAAGGACAUUAUGGUGCACAAGAAGUUCAUGUCCGAGGGCAAGGCAACCUUCAACUUCAAAGCGGAGCAAUGUUCGCUCUAUUUGUCCAAUGCACCGCCAGGACCUUUGAUGUAUUUCCUGCGUACGCUUUUUAUCAAAAUGAAUGGCAACGAAGGCAACGCUUCACAGGAUGAGGCUGCGAUGCAAAAGAAGUUGCGUGAACAUCUGCUGUCGGGCAAACCCAGCAGCUUUGAGGAGAUCUCACCCGUGACGACGGCGGAAAUGGUUUUGGCGCGCAAAAAAGCGGGUUUAAUACAGCGUAGCACAACAACAACACCAUCGCCGCAAGCAGCCAAAAAGCGUCGCUUCGAGGAGCUCAAAGGUGGCGAUGUUAAUCCGCCCGCUGCCAAAAAACUGUAUCAGGAAUCUCCACUGGCUGCCGCUCCCGCUGCGGACUCGGAGGAUGCACUGCGUCUGAGCGCCGAGCAAAUGGAAGUGCUGCGCGCUUGCACCGCUGGCAAAAAUGUUUUCUUCACCGGCUCCGCAGGCACGGGCAAAAGUUUUUUGCUGCGCAAAAUAAUCUCAGCACUGCCACCCGAUGGCACCGUGGCCACCGCCUCCACGGGCGUGGCAGCCUGCCUGAUUGGUGGCACCACGCUGCACGCCUUUGCGGGCAUUGGAGGCGGCGAUGCUACCAUGAAGCGUUGCCUGGAACUCGCCUCGCGCCCAGCGAGCGGUCAAACGUGGCGCAAGUGCAAACGCUUGAUCAUCGAUGAGAUCUCCAUGGUGGACGGCCAGUUCUUUGAGAAAAUCGAGGCUGUGGCGCGCCACAUACGACGCAAUGAUCGUCCCUUUGGUGGCAUACAAUUGAUACUCUGCGGCGACUUUCUGCAGCUGCCGCCGGUCGUUAGGGGCAGCGAGUCGGGUGCACAACGUUUCUGCUUUCAGUCGAGCGCCUGGGAGAGCUGCAUACAGUGUGUCUUUGAGCUGAAGCAGGUGCAUCGUCAAUCCGAUCCAGAGUUUGUGAAAAUACUCAAUCAUCUGCGCAUUGGCCACGUCAACGAGGACAUCUCGACACGUUUGGUGUCCACCUCAAAGCAGAAGAUUGAGGGCAAUGGCAUUCUGGCCACACAGCUCUGUUCCCACACUAACGAUGCCAACUCGAUUAAUGAAUCCAAACUAGAAAAUCUGCAGGGCGACAAAGUUUUGUUUCGUGCUGAAGAUUCCGAUGGCAGCAUGAGCAAAACACUCGAUCAGCAAAUUCAAGCGCCAUCGCAGCUAUUUCUCAAGAUCAACGCGCAGGUGAUGCUGCUCAAGAAUAUCAACAUAACCAAUGGGCUGGUCAACGGCGCCCGUGGUGUUGUGGUGCGCAUCGAGAAGGGUUUGCCGGUGGUCCGUUUCAAGAACAAUCAGGAGUACGCAUGCAAGCAUGAGAAAUGGACCAUUAAGACGGCCACCGGCGGCGUCAUGACACGUCGCCAGGUGCCUCUGAAACUUGCCUGGGCCUUCUCCAUACACAAGAGUCAGGGCUUGACAUUGGACUGCGUGGAGAUGUCGCUAUCGAAAGUAUUUGAAGCCGGGCAGGCUUAUGUGGCAUUGUCGCGUGCCAAGUCGCUGCAAUCAGUGCGCAUUCUGGACUUUGACGCCAAGCAGGUGUGGGCCAAUCCUCAGGUGUUGCAAUUCUACAAGAACUUCCGGCGACGUCUUAUUGACACCAACAUGAUUCCGUUGGGACCGAGGAACAAGGAGAAGAAACCAGGCGACGGCUCAGCAACAAGUGCGCUGGCCAAGCUCAAGAAAAGUCUCAUGAACAAACCGCUCGUCUCUAUAAGCUAGUUACCAAUUUUAGCCUGAACCUUAGACAAUUAUUUCGAUGUAAGGACUGCUAAUAAUUUAGAUGUAAGGCCAGCUAACAAUACUAGCCACUAGACUACCAACUUGUUAAGUUAGAACUGCUGACAAUACUAUCCACUUGUUCAGUAAGGACUGCUAACAAAGCUAGCCUGAUAUGAACUUUAUAUAUUUCGAUGUAAUGACGACAAACUUUUUGUGUAAGGACAGCUUACAAAUCAAGGCACUACUUAAGGAAUGCUUGCAGACUUCAAAAGACUUCUGAGGCUGCCUUUUGGCUCUCCACUUGAAGAUUGCCUUGAGAUGUCUCUCCUCUAUAACAACUGAACACAAGGCUCUUUAUUUGGAGUUGUUCCUCUCUGAAGGUUUCUUCUAAAGGCUGUCAGGGUUCUCCAAUAGAAAUCUUUUCUCAUGGAGCUGCCUUGAACCAGCUCUUGACUUUAACGACUGAUAACAAGGCU